CUCAACCGACAUAUGUUGUUCAGCAAGCUCCACCUAAAAAGUCUGGGUUGUCAACCGGUGCCAAGGUGGGUUUGGGCGUUGGAGGGGGCCUGCUUGGUGGGCUUUUGCUUGAGGAUGCUCUUGAUAAUGCGUACGACAAUGGCUUUGACGCUGGCGAUGAUUAUGGCGGCGGUGACUUCUGAUCACCUCUUGGAGAAUCGAAAUGUUAUUGUCCACCCAAUUUACGCAAUAAUGCCCCCUCACUCAUAUCGCUGUGACCGAUCAUCGUGCCUCCCGACUGAUCUCUCUUUCUUCUUCGGGCUCCUGUUUCCAGUUUGUGGCACAAGAUCUACAUAAUGAACUAGAUGUUUCCCUGUACAAUUUGUGUGAUGAUGGUGGUUGUCACUUUCAUGAAUCCCUAGGUCCCCCCUUCACCCCUACCCCUCUUUGGUUCCAAUAUUCAAUUGUGUCGUGGUUUGCUGUUUAAUGUAAAAUGAAAAUCGUCGCUAUGCCGAAAGAUACCGCACCCUGAUUAUCAUUC